ACAUUCAUAGAUCAGGAAGUGACGCGCCACUCCGACGCUGACUGAGCAGGCUGCUGCUGCCUGCUCGUGUUUAUCAUCAUCCCAGCAAUGAGUCUCCUCCACCGGACCUGCUGAAGGCCUCUCGCUCUCUCCUGGACAAACACAUGGAAACAGUCACAUUCCAACAGGAUGGGCUCCAGACUCAAACAAAACCCAGAGCGGACUUUCAACUGGUUCUUUGAAGCAACGCGUCCUGUAGCCAGGGACAAAGAUCCUGGAGUGAAGUUUCAGUUUCCAGAGGACUUCAGUGAAGAGGAGUCCUGUCAGGCGUCGCUCAAGUUCUGCUUCCCGUAUGACAUACAAAGAGCGAGAGACGGCGUUGCGGUUCAGCACUUUACUUUUGUUCUGACUGACCUUGAGGGAUGUCAGCAGUUUGGAUUCUGUCGUCUCACCAGCAGCACCCAGACCUGCCUCUGUAUUCUCAGCUAUCUUCCAUGGUUUGAGGUGUUUUACAAACUUCUCAACAACUUGGCUGAUUACCUCGCAAAAGCGCAGGUUAACGAGAUAAAAGCGCUGCUGGCUGCUCUCCACAAGCAGUCCAUCCCAAUGGCUGAUGGAUCCAUCACUCUGCAGAUGGGAGAGCAGCUUUUGGUCAGCACAGAGGUGUCCCACCCUGUAGGACACACACAGGGAUCAGAGGGGAUUCCAUAUUUCAUUGCUCCAGAUCCCAGAAAUCUCCCGUCCAUCCCUGAAAAUAGGAACUUGACCGAGCUGAUUGUUGCUGUUGAUGUCGGAAACCUUCUUCAGCUCUAUGCCAGCAUGCUGUUUGAGAGACGCAUCCUCAUCUUUGCAAGCAAACUGAGCACUCUCACGUCUUGUGUACAUGCACUCAGCGCUGCGUUGUAUCCAAUGUACUGGCAGCACAUCUUCAUACCAGUACUGCCACCGCACCUACUGGAUUACUGCUGUGCCCCCAUGCCUUAUCUAAUUGGGGUCCACACCAGCUUGUCGGAGAAGGUGAGAAGCCGGGGGCUGGAGGAAGUUGUUAUUCUAAACGUGGACACGAACACGCUGGAAACUCCCUUUGAUGACUUGAAGAGGAUACCUUCAGAUGUGAUAUCUGGUCUGAAGGUGUGUUUGAAGCGCCAUGCGUCCUCACCGGGCUGUGGGGUCUCUCGGGCUUUCCUGAAGGCUCAAGCUUUGUUGUUCGGAGGCUACAGGGAUGCUCUGCAGAGCACCAAGGAAGGUGACAUACAUUUCUCAGAAGAAUUAUUUCUGGAUCACAAGUCUCAGCACCUCAAACAGUUCCUGCAAAGUGCCAUUCACCUGCAGCUCUUCAAACAGUUCAUCGAUGCACGUCUGGAUAUUCUGAACAAAGGGAAGGGACCAGAUGACCUCUUCGAGGAAGAGAUUAUAAAAUGCGAAACAACUGCAGGAAAAGGCAGGUCAUACCAGCAGAUGGUUGGUAAUUUAAAGAAAGGGGGCGGAGCUAUAAUUCUCAACAUGAAGACCAAAGCAAACAUGAGAGCCAAAGGCUUCACUAAGGCAGGUUUGAAAAAUCUGCUGAUAAAUAAGAGUGAGAGUCUUCAGAGAGGUCGAUCCACAUCGCACCACCGCGCUCACUCUGACAGCCUGCAGGAUCGGCUGCCAAUCACACAACACUUCGGGACGGUAACUUGUUUGUGUGUGCAUCUCAUUUCUGUCAUUCCUUCUUUACAAACUCAUUCCUUCGUUUUCAAUGCUCUGGCUCUUGUCAGUCACGACCCCGUCGACCUCUUCAGAAAUGCAGAGAAAAUCCCCUCGACGCCGAAGAUGGGUGGGGACAGUACUGACUGUUCAGCACUUUGGUCAGCCGUAUGGCUGUUCUUAAAGUGCUAUAUAAAUAAAGGUGGUAUGGUAUAUUUGUUUGGUCUCAGUGCUUCUGGAGCUGCUGAGGAGCCUGAUUGUGAGCUCCAGAAGGAUGAAGACGAGGGGGAUGACUCGCCUCUGUGCGACUCAGAAGAGAUGGAUCUUCUCGGGGAGAUCUUUGACACGCUCAGCUCUCGCAGCUCCCAUGACCGAGGCCUUCUGUACGGCACUCGCAGUCUGGAUUUGUUUGGACCAGACAGCCACGAUUAUAUCACAAAGCGUUGUCCAGCCAACCCCAGCCAAGAGAGCCUGUCUCUGUCCAUCAGCGGCAGCGGCAGCUUGCACAGCUGGAAUCUGGAAACUACAGAAGAGCUCUCAGAUCUCACAGAGGACUCCGACUUUCUGUGCCCGGACUCCAGCUUGGCAGAGGAGGAGAGUUCAGACAGCUUUCAUUUAGAUGGUGAAGUAGGAGAUGAGGAAAAGAGACAGAGAGAUGAAGGAGAGAAACUCAAGACCACAUAUGCAACAAUGAACGGGAUGCAGGAGGAAGAAAAAGAUGAAAAACAAAACAGGAAUAUCUGUAAGGAGGUGAUGUUGGAAGAUAAGAGUAAUGAUGACCCAGAGGAGGACGGUGCAAAGGAAAUACCUGAAAUAAAAGAGGAUGAAAGUCAGAGUGAGGAGCUAGGAGAAAUGCACAAAAGUGUGAUUGAAACUGAGAGCAAAACAACAAAAGAGGAUCUAAGAAACGACACCAAAGAAUCUUUAGACACGAGCACAAUGCUGGAUGCUCCUUUUUCCGUGGAAGAACACCAAGGACCAGGAGAAACCACAGCUGCCCCUGAAAUACUAAUUACCACUGCUGACCUUAAACUUCAGGAGGCAACGAGAAAAAAAUCAGCAAUGAACGAGGAGCCAACCGUGCGACCGACCCCCUCUCCACCCAAAGUGACGUCUGCUGCAGCACGUUUCCAGAGUCCAACUCCUGCUAAGAACUUUCAGCUGAGAUCCAUACCCAAGGCUGGCCAGCUGUUCCAAUCCAGAGAAAACCAACAAACUCAGGAAAACACGAACUCAGACACACCUGAGGAGGAAGACCACCUCCCAGUCAAAGUAUCUGAACUGAAGAAGAGAUUCGAAGCUUGAAAAAUAAAUCUGAUUACCAUCAAGAUGGUUUAGAACAAUCUCAUCGACCAAAGAAAUGCUGAUCUCUGCAUUCUCCGAGCCAGAGUUUAAGUAUGAUUAGAAACGCUGUUCAAGUUAGAAAUAAAAAGAACUGUCAGCAGUUGGUUAGACUUCUUAUAAAGGGACGGGUGUUCCUUACGUAGGAGUAAAAAUGACCCCGACAGAAGUCUGUCCUGGAGCUGAUUUCAUGACAGCAGAAAAAAGCCACAGUUUACAGCAACGACCCAAAGCUCAGAGAAUGACACGAGAGUUUACAGCUUGUUUUAAACUUUCAAUAAUUUUAAAUGUUUUUAUUGAUAUAAAGAAGUAUAAUAAGAAAGGCUUUUCAAUGCUUGUUGACAAUAUUUGCAGUAACACAAUGAUGGUCCUGUUUUUUCAAAGACCUCCGUACUUCACCCUGGCAUGUUGGUGCCAGGGGAAAAUCCGGACUGAUGGCUUCCCAGAGACAAAGUGCAGCAAGGAGGCCCAGUGUUCUAAUUCCAGCCUGGGGUUGUUCUGCAUGGAGUUUGCAUGUUCUCAUUGUGCACACGUGGGUUCUCUCCGGGUACUCCGGCUUCCUCACACAGUCCAAAAGUAUGACCCGUCUGGUUGAUUGUUCUAAAUUGUCCCUUUGUGUUUGUGUGCGCAUCUCUGUGUUGCCUUGCGAUAGACUGGCAACCCGUCCAGGGUGUUGCUGUUUGCCCGGAGACCGGUACCAGGCCCCCUGCAACCUUGCAUGGACAGGAGGGUAUAGCAAAUGGAUGGAUGGCUACACAUUCAAAAGAAGAGAGUGUGCGGUUUGGGGGUGUUGAAAACUAAACUCAAUGGGAUUUAGGUCUGAGAGGUUUCUUACUUAGUCCAGAUCUUAGCCGUGUGUCUAUCAUGCUGAAAAAGGCAUUGAUCCCUAAGGAGUUCCUCUGUGAGGAUGUUUCAGUCCCAUUCUUUUUUCCUGCUUGUGCUCCAGGGUUAAACCUUGAGUGGGUCCACUCCCUUGGCUGGGAAGAUACUCCACACAUCUCUGGAUGCUUUACUGUCUGCAGGAGAUUGCACUAUUAGGAUCACUCACAUUUUCUUCCAUGGAUUGUCUUUUUUUUCCAAGAUGCUCCCAUGGAAAAAUGGUUCAUCCUAACCAAUCUCUGGUUAUUAACAAAAUAGCACUCUGCCCUGUGUAGAUUUUUAUUUUUUGGGAUGAAGUGACAUCAAAGGCCCUCCUCUAACUCAGGGGUGUGGAAUCCUGGUCAUCAAGAGAUGCAAGCCAGCUUGUUUUAGUGUUUUGCUGCUCCAACACUCUUGAUUCGAUGGUUGAAUCACCUUCUGAGCAGCUCAUGAAGAUUUUAUUAUAUAGCUAUUAUUUGAAUCCACCAGAUCGCUCAUACCUUUCAGAUUUCGUGCAAACUAACAAACCAGAGGCUGCAAACUGCGACUGUAUUUGUGUCAUUCUCAAAACAUUUGGCCUUUAUAAUUACACAAGCCAGAAAGAGAUUUUUUUCCCCAAUGGAGAAAAAAAAUAUAUAGACAGGAUCACCAACAUUUUAUGAAGUCAAAACCAAUUUACCACACCAAUUGAAUGGUGUGUAUCUGAUGAGGUACAGCUUUCAGCAGCAUGGCUGAAAUAAAUGGUUUUCCUCCUCUUCAAAACUGACAAAAUGAUUAAAAUUUUGGAGACCGUUCUUACAAACUCAAUAAAAACCUUCACCUGA